CGCGAGCGCCCGGUAAGGACACAGGUCGGUCGGUGACAGGGGGGUGAAAAUGGCGGCGUUAACCCUGAUCCGGAGCAGCAGCGCCAUCCUAACCGGACUGAAAUGCUCUCUCAGGACUCUCUCCCCGGUUCCUCAGGCCUCCUCUGCAGCUCUGUUACAGAAGACUCUCUGGAGAGGAGCUGGAAGUGUUUCUGUUCAGGAGAGGAUCGAGAAUAAACGCAGAGCGGCUCUGAGAGGUGGAGGAGGGAGCAGGAUCGAAUCCCAGCACAAACGGGGGAAGCUGACGGCUCGAGAGCGGAUCGCUCUGCUGUUGGAUCCCGACUCCUUCGUUGAGUACGACAUGUUUGUGGAACAUCGCUGCGCUGAUUUCGGGAUGGAGGCCGAUCACAACAAGUACCCAGGUGACAGUGUAGUAACAGGACAGGGGCGAAUCAACGGCCGGCUCGUGUACGUGUUCAGCCAGGACUUUACCGUGUUCGGGGGGAGUUUAUCCGGAGCCCACGCCCAGAAGAUCUGCAAGGUGAUGGACCAGGCGAUGAUGGUCGGAGCUCCUGUGAUCGGUCUGAACGACUCCGGUGGAGCCAGAAUCCAGGAGGGCGUGGACUCUCUGGCAGGAUACGCCGACAUAUUCCUGAGGAACGUGAUGGCGUCGGGUGUGGUUCCUCAGAUCUCCCUCAUCAUGGGUCCGUGUGCAGGCGGAGCCGUGUACUCGCCCGCCCUCACCGACUUCACCUUCAUGGUCAAGGACACGUCGUAUCUGUUCAUCACGGGACCGGACGUGGUUAAAUCGGUCACUAACGAGGACGUGACGCAGGAGGAGCUCGGGGGAGCCAAGACGCACACGGCGGUCUCGGGCGUGGCUCACCGGGCGUUUGAGAACGACAUCGAUGCGCUGCUGAACCUCAGAGGGUUUUUUAACUUCCUUCCUCUGAGCAAUCAGGAUCAAUCACCCAUCUCCGAGUGCCACGACCCCAGUGACCGUCUGGUUCCUGGACUCGACACCCUGGUUCCUUUUGAGAGCACCAAGGCUUACGACAUGCUGGACAUCAUCCACGCUAUUGUGGACGAGCGCGAGUUCUUCGAAAUCAUGCCCAACUACGCCAAGAACAUCGUGGUGGGCUUCGCUAGGAUGAACGGCCGCACCAUCGGAAUUGUGGGUAAUCAGCCUAAAGUGGCAUCGGGAUGUUUGGAUAUAAACUCCUCGGUGAAGGGCGCCAGGUUCGUCCGCUUCUGCGAUGCCUUCAACAUUCCCAUCGUCACGUUCGUGGACGUUCCUGGAUUCCUGCCAGGAACGACGCAGGAGUAUGGCGGCAUCAUCCGGCACGGAGCCAAACUGCUGUUCGCUUUCGCUGAGGCCACGGUUCCCAAAAUCACCGUCAUCACCAGAAAGGCGUACGGAGGAGCGUAUGACGUGAUGAGCUCGAAACAUCUGCGUGGUGAUGUGAACUACGCCUGGCCUUCUGCUGAAGUAGCUGUGAUGGGCGCCAAGGGUGCAGUGCAGAUCAUCUUCAGGGGGAAGGAGAACCAGGCGGAGGCCGAGGCCGAGUACGCGGAGAAGUUUGCCAACCCGUUCCCUGCUGCCGUCAGAGGCUUUGUGGAUGACAUCAUCCAGCCGUCCACCACGCGCAGGAGGAUCUGCAGGGAUCUGGAGGUUCUGGCCAGCAAGAAGCAGAGCAACCCGUGGAAGAAACACGCCAACAUUCCCUUAUAAACACCCCCCCCCCCCCCCCCCCCCACCACCACCACCUCCAUCACCCACCCCCGUCACCCUCUGAUCAGAUUCAUGUGUCAAUAAUCAAUAAACUAAUAAACUAA